CCACAGAAGAGCCUCUCCACAUCACUAUGCCGUGCCCAGCAAGUCGGACGACAUCGAUCUCAACCCUCUAUCCUACCUACCUCGUAUCUUGCUCCCAUGUCUGCCACAUCAUCGCUACCCUCAAAGAUGAGGGGACUCGUCCUCGAAAAGUUUGCCAAGUCGCCCGAGGAAGAAAAGACGCCGUACACGUACCGUGAGGAUCUCCCACUCCCCAAGCUUGAGCCAUAUCAGAUCCUGCUCAAGUCCAUGACGGCGGGCUAUUGCCACACGGAGAUGAUGGUUGUCCGGGGCGAAUUUGACAAGAUGAUGCAAAAGGACCUGCCACUUGUCCCCUCACACGAGCCGACAGGGAAGGUAGUCCAGUGGGGUUCUGAAGUCGAGGCCAUGAUCCAACGAGGCGAAGCAAAGGGUCUGGGUCCAAAUGGCUCCCUUAAGGUGGGCGACCGCCUCGCUUCCCUCACUUCCAACAAUCCGUGCGGCAAAUGCGACGAGUGCAAGUCCGACAGGUCUAUCUUCUGCUCGGAGAUCGCCUUCUGCGGCGUGACGACCGAUGGCGCCAUGGCCGACUUCGUCGCCGUGGACAUCCGGUCUUGCAUUCAGCUCCCUGACAAUCUCUCCUUUGACACUGCUGCUCCUCUUAUGUGUGCAGGCGCGACCAUCUACGCAGCUAUCAAGCGCUGCAACCUCUCGUCUGGACAGUCCGUGGCUAUUGUCGGUGCUGGGGCUUUGGGUCAUCUUGGCGUGCAAUUCGCAAAGUGCCUCGGCUACAAGACCGUGCUCAUUGACAGUCGUGACCCGCCAUUGGAGAUGUGCCGUACGCUCAAGUAUCCACCGGACGUCACUUUCAACAGCUCUAAGGUCGAUGUAAAGGACGCUUCGUCAAUGGCAGGCGCCGUUAAGCAAUGCGGGGGCGAGGUCGACGCCGUGAUUGUGACGACGGACGCCAUCCCAGCCUUCCAAUUUGGACUCGAAUUGACCAAGAAACACGGCCUCUUCAUGGUCGUCGGUCAGCCACAGGAUCCGAUCCCUGUGCCAUUCUUCCCUCUCAUCUUCAGGGACAUCACUAUCAAGGGCUCGUUCCUCAGCGAUGCGUCGCUGACGAAAGAAAUGUGCGACCUCGUCGCCGAGAAGGGUGUCGAAUGUCGGACCAAGGCCUACGAUCUCAAGGAUGUUCACAAGCUCAUGUCCGACUAUGCCCUGCCCGGCCACUCAGGCAAGCUUGUCGUCCAUGUAAACAAAGAGUGACACGUAUCACAUUGAUCUAGAGAAAGACAUUUCCAUGUCUGCUGAUUUCAAAAAUGAGGGGAAAAGGAAGGGGUAGAACCAGGCCAAGGCGAAGACCCAUCGAUCGCGGCUUUGUCUGCUUAAUACGUCGCCAAUGGGAAGUGCGAACGCAAUGUUCCAGCGAGC